AUGAAUGAGAAAAAUGAGACAAUGGUGACCUUCUUCAUUCUUAAUGGGCUUUUGGAUAUCCCCCAAUUACAAGUGCUUAUAUUUCUUCUGGUUCUUCUAAUUUAUCUUAUAUCUCUUGGUGGCAACAUGUCCAUUCUUUUAUUGGUGUGCCUAGAUUCUCAGCUUCACACUCCAAUGUAUUUCUUCCUGUGUAAUCUGUCGAUUGUCAACAUGACUUCCACCACUGUAACACUACAUAGGAUCCUUGUUAUCUUUGUAACAGAGAAUAAUGUAGUAUCUUUCAAUGACUGCAUGGCACAGGUCUACUUCUUUGGAUGGUUAUGCGGCAAUGAGUUAAUCCUACUUACUAUCAUGAGCUAUGAUCGUUAUGUUGCCAUCUGCAAGCCAUUGCAUUAUUCAACUGUCAUGAAUAGUAAAGUCUAUGUUGGCUUGGCCAUAUUCUGCUGGUCAUUUAGUCUUCUACAAAUUCUACCUGCAAUGGGUAUAUUGUCAAGAUUUUCUUGCUAUACUUCCAUUAAAAUGAACCACUUCUUCUGUGAUAUUAUAGGAGUGAUGUACCUAUCCUGCGAUGACACCUCUAUUUUGGAGCUGUUAAUAUUCACACAGGGGGGGUUACUUUCAGUCUUCACCCCAUUUCUCCUCACCUUCAUCUCCUACUCAUUCAUUAUUGCAACCAUAAUGAGAAUUAAGACAAGUACGGGGAGAUCUAAAGCUUUCUACACAUGUUCCUCACACCUAACUGUUGUUACUCUUCACUAUGCAAGUCUUGUUUGUCAAUAUUUCACCCCGAUUGGUUUGAUUAAGUCCAGUAAAUUUUUGUCUUUGCUUAACACAGCUGUGAUUCCCAUGCUAAACCCUUUCAUUUACAGCCUAAAAAAUAAGGAUGUGAAGUCAGCUCUACAGCGGAAGCUCGAGUAUUUUAUGAUCAAUUUUUAA